AUCCUAGCAAAUUGCCAGAAUAUUCUCUGACCGUAACACUCGAGACUCGUUUCUUCAAAAACCUUUUAUAAUUUUCUGCUUUGUAUCUUUCGUGUGAAUUGCAAAUUCUGCUUUAGCAACAGAAACUAGGCAAUCGCAGUGGACGCCUUUACGGGUCUUUCAUCGCGUUGGGUCCGACGAGUGAUGUUUCUCCACGUGAGCCUGGGAAAGAGCUGGACGUUUGAGCUGUAAUUUUGGAACAGGAUCAUACAUUUACAUUCCUAAAAGAUUUUCAACAACAUCGCCGUGUUUAGUGAAUGGCAAAGUGAGCAGUUCUCUGGUCAGGACUAUGUCAGCAUUUCGGAAGAAGGUGGAUAAUCGGAUCCGCGUGCAGAUCGAGAAUGGAGUGGCGCAACACCACCGAACCUUGUUCGUGGUGGUCGGCGAUCAAGGCAGAGACCAGGUGGUCAUUCUGCAUCACAUGCUCUCCAAAGCCACAGUCCGAGCCCGACCCUCCGUCCUCUGGUGCUACAAGAAGGAGCUGGGCUUCAGCAGUCACCGUAAGAAGCGGAUGCGGCAGCUGCAGAAGAAGAUUAAAACGGGCACCCUGAACCUGAAGCAGGACGACCCAUUCGAGCUGUUCAUCGCCGCCACCAACAUCCGCUACUGCUACUACAACGAGACGCACAAGAUCCUGGGGAACACCUACGGCAUGUGCAUCCUGCAGGACUUUGAAGCUCUGACUCCUAACCUGCUGGCACGCACCAUCGAGACUGUAGAAGGAGGGGGGAUCGUGGUCAUAUUGCUGAGAACCAUGAACUCACUCAAGCAGCUGUACACAAUGACGAUGGACGUUCACUCGCGGUAUCGGACAGAAGCGCACCAGGAUGUUGUCGGGAGAUUCAAUGAGAGGUUCAUUCUGUCCUUGUCCUCCUGCCAAGCCUGUGUCGUCAUUGACGACCAGCUCAACGUCCUGCCCGUCUCCAGCCACAUCGCCAACAUCAGGCCCGUCCCGCCCAAGACCCAGGAGGACAGCUCGUCUCCGCGGGACCUGGAGCUGAAGGAGCUGAAGGACUCCCUGCGUGACACGCAGCCCGUGGGCGUGUUGGUGGACAGCUGCAGGACUCUGGACCAGGCGCGGGCUGUGCUGAAGUUCAUCGAGGCCGUCUCAGAGAAGACGCUCCGCAGCACCGUGGCCCUCACGGCCGCCCGGGGGCGGGGCAAGUCCGCCGCCCUGGGAUUGGCUAUCGCUGGGGCUGUGGCGUUUGGAUACUCCAACAUCUUUGUGACGUCUCCGAGUCCUGACAACCUGCACACCCUGUUUGAGUUCAUCUUCAAAGGCUUCGACGCCCUUCAGUACCAGGAGCACCUGGACUAUGAGAUCAUCCAGUCGCUGAAUCCUGACUUUAACAAGGCUGUGGUGAGAGUGAACAUCUUCAAAGAGCAUCGGCAGACCAUCCAGUACAUCCACCCCACGGACGCGGUGAAGCUGGGGCAGGCCGAGCUGCUGGCCAUCGACGAGGCAGCCGCCAUCCCACUGCCGCUGGUGAAGAGGCUUCUGGGACCUUACCUGGUGUUCCUGUCCUCCACCAUCAACGGGUACGAGGGGACGGGGCGCUCUCUCUCCCUCAAGCUCAUCCAGCAGCUCCGGCAGCAGAGUGCAGACAGCCAGCAGAGCGUCUCAGCGGAGAACACCAGCAGCACCUCCGUCCGGCUGGCCGCAGCCCGGACGCUGCAGGAGGUGACGCUGCAGGAGUCCAUCCGCUACGCCCCCGGGGACGCGGUGGAGCUGUGGCUGAACCAGCUGCUCUGUCUGGACUGCCUGAGCGUGCCCCGCAUCGUGUCCGGCUGCCCGCUGCCCCAGAGCUGCGAGCUGUACUAUGUGAACAGGGACACGCUGUUCUGCUACCACAAAGCGUCCGAGGCCUUUCUGCAGCGCCUCAUGGCUCUGUACGUCGCCUCGCACUACAAGAACUCCCCGAACGACCUCCAGCUGCUCUCGGACGCCCCCGCCCAUCACCUCUUCUGCCUGCUGCCCCCCGUCCCGCCGACCCAGAAUUCCCUGCCAGAGGUCCUGGCGGUGGUUCAGGUGUGCCUGGAGGGGGCGAUCUCGCGCCAGUCCAUCCUGAACAGCCUGUCCCGCGGCAAGAAGGCCUCCGGAGACCUCAUCCCCUGGACCGUCUCAGAGCAGUUCCAGGACCCCGAGUUCGGCAGCCUCUCAGGAGGGAGGGUGGUUCGCAUCGCUGUGAACCCCGACUAUCAGGGGAUGGGCUAUGGCUCCCGGACCCUGCAGCUGCUGCAGCUGUACUAUGAGGGCCAGUUCCCCUGCCUGGAGGAGUCUGAGGCGCCUACACACAACAUCACCCCCGUCUGCAGCGAGGCUGUAGACCUGCUGGAGGAGGUGGUCUCCCCCAGGAAGGACCUCCCCCCCCUGCUGCUGAAGCUGAGCGAGCGCCCGGCCGAGAGGCUGGACUACCUGGGCGUGUCCUACGGGAUGACAUCACAGCUGCUGAAGUUUUGGAAGCGAGGCGGUUUUGUUCCUGUUUAUAUGAGACAGACUCCCAACGACCUGACGGGGGAGCACUCGUGCGUGAUGCUGAAGGAGCUGAACUCUGAGCAGGAGCAGGGCCAGUGGCUCUCUGCCUUCUGGAAGGAUUUCCGCCGGCGCUUCCUGUCUCUGCUGUCCUACCAGUUCCGCCAUUUCCCCCCGAGCCUGGCUCUCAACAUCCUGCAGAACCGUGCAGCCAAGGAGGACGUCCCACAGGCGCUGUCCCGCCCAGUGCUGGCGGCCCAGUUCAGCCCGUACGAUCUGAAGCGCUUGGAGAUGUACUCUCGGAACAUGGUGGACUACCACCUGGUCAUGGACAUGAUCCCCGCCGUGGCCCGAAUGUUCUUCCUCAAGCAGCUGGGCCCCGUCUCUCUCUCCACAGCGCAGUGUGCUCUGCUGCUGGGAAUCGGUCUGCAGCAUAAGACGGUGGACGAUCUGGAGAAGGAGAUCUCUCUCCCCAGCGGGCAGAUCAUGGGCCUCUUCAACCGCCUCAUACGCAAGGUGGUGCAGUUCUUCAGCAGCAUUCAGGAGAAGGCAGUAGAAGCUGAGAUGGUGGCGUCCAAAGACAUCGCCAUGGAGCCCACGGCCAGAACACUCAGCGAUGACCUGGAUGAGGCUGCUCGGGAGUUCCAGGAGAAGCAGAAGAAGGACCUGGAGCAGAUCAAAGAGAUGGACCUGACACAGUACAUGAUCCGGGGCGAUGAUGAGGAGUGGGAUCAGGUGCUGAAGAAGGCUGGCCACUCCGCCAUCGUCAGCAUAAAGAGUGACAGGAAGAGGAAGCUGGGUGGAGAAAAGGCGGAGCAGUGGCAGAACAAGAAGACAAAGAAACACGGGAAGGACAAAAAAGGCAAAUCUGGCAAAUUUGGCAAAUAAAAGCCCCGCCCCCAGACACAGACGUUCAGGUGUGUCCAGUGUAACCAAGGUGACGUGGAUCGAGGGACGCUGGAUCUAUUUAUAUGUGAUAUGACUUUGUUUAAGAAUGGAUGGACUGGAUAAGUCAAUUCUGUUUUCUUAGGACUUACUCUCCUGAAUAGCUUACACACCCCUCCUGUCAGAAAUUCUUUGUGAAGUAACAUUACAAGCAGAUUGAAUAAAUUGUGAUUUUUUAAAAA